AGGAAGGCUGAGCGAGCCGCUCCGGCGGGCAGAGGGACGCGGGAGCCCGCCGCAGCGCCUUGCGAGCUGGACGCCGCCUUAGUGGCGCGGGGGCAGCGGCAGGAGCGGGGCGGCGUCUUCGCCCUCGCCCAACUUUCCCCGUCGCUGAAGUGCGGCCCGGCCGGGCGAGGUGCGGGGAGGUUGGCGGGGAUCCCCGCCCCGCUCCGCCGGCAUCACAUGGUGCUGGAGGAGGGAGCGGGGAGCCGCCCCCCAGCUUUCGCUUCUCGUACAGUUUUCUUCCAGUCUCAGCGCUCAACUCCGGCGAGGCUGGAGCGCGGCGCCGGGCUGGGCAGGGCGGGAGCCGGGCGGACUCCACCACCUGCUCCCAGGGCGUCUCUCCGCAGCGGGGGCGGCGGGGAAGAGGCACAAGUGCGCGGCGCCUCCGCUGCCCCUCUCCUUCUGAUGCCCCUUCGCGACUGCACGCCAGCCCGGCGGCCGCGGCUCCGGGAGGAUGCGGAUCUUCCUCCUUGCUGCAACUUUCUGGGGAUUGUGCCUGGCUCCAGGUUUGGGUUUGCAAAUACAGUGCUACCAGUGUGAGGAGUUCCAGCUAAAUAACGACUGCUCUGCUCCAGAGUUCAUCGUGAAUUGUACAGUGAAUGUUCAAGAUAUGUGUCAGAAAGAAGUAAUGGAAAAAAGUUUUGGAAUCAUGUAUCGCAAAUCCUGCGCAUCUUCCGCGGCGUGUCUGAUAGCCUCUGCUGGGUACCAGUCCUUUUGUUCUCCAGGGAAGGUGAACUCUGUCUGUAUCAGCUGCUGCAACACGCCGCUCUGCAAUGGACCCCGGCCGAAGAAGAGGGGGAAUUCUGGUGCGGUGCUGAGGGCACACGUGAUAACCACAGUCCUGCUCCCUAAAUUGGCCCUGUUGUUUUUGUAUUGCUAAACUUCAAGCAAGUUUUUUGCCCUGACACAGUUUGUCUGUCCCCUCCUUUCUUCGAAGACACUGCAAUUAUUUUCUGUUUGUUUCCAAAUCCCUGUCAACAGCGAGGGAAGUUCAGUGGUUGUGGGGAGAGAGGGGCUGAUAUUUUUGGCAGCUAAUGAGUUCAAUUGGCAGAUUGAAUUUCCAGUGUGCACUUAAAAAUCCCAGCAGCAGGAUACAGAACUCCUGCUCUUUUUGCAUAACUGGAAACAAAUCCAUCUGUGUUACUCCUUUUACGAUGUAGUCAGUUCCUCGGUCAGUUUAAUUUCCAUGUUUUUAAGUUCAUUGCUAAUCGUUAACUUUGCCUUAUGAAGUCAUACUUGAUGUUCACAACGGCCGUUUUGUGCGUCUGGACUGGGCUCUGAGCUAGUCUCUAGCGGCACUACUUCCACGCUGGGCUCCGGUGGUUCACGACCGGGUUUCUGUGGACUGCAGUCAGGCUUGGUCUCAUUCUGAAAAGUGCUUAAGAAAACUUUGUUACUGUCCCUUGUAGAAGAAUUGCGCCUAGAUGAAAUGAAGAGCAGCGGGCGUAGAGACCGGCUGCUCCUCGCUCUGGAGCUCAGGUUGGCUCUGAGAAGCUUCUCCUUGUUGGCAUGUUGUAUCGUCAGGCGGCAGCGGAGGACCUGCAGAAACACGCUGCGGAACUGCUGAGAAGAGAUGUUGUACAGGAGGGGGUUCACCACCGAGCUGAGGUAGAAGAAGAUGUCGGCGAUGGGGAGAAGAGUGAUGUACGCUCUGAAGUAGGGGACAGUCCAGUCCUGCUUUGGUUUAGCAGCAGCCAUGAUCCUUCUGACCUGGUUUGGCAUCCAGCAUAUUGCCAGAGUUGCAACAAUCAGUCCUGCAAACAGAAAGAGGAAGAAAGAGGUGUGCAUACAUGGGGGAAAAAAAACAUCAAAUACUUAGUAUCAGUUCUGCACUUGUUAGGAAAUAGUACCGAUUUUUCAAUGUUUUGCUUGACAGCUUUUUCUGCCAGUAGCAUUUUUUUGUUUGUUGUUUUUAAUAACUGUUACAAGGUCACUGCAGCACAUGCUUUGACAAAAGACUGCAGAGUGCUUGGAUAGUGUUUCUUUGUACCUAUUGUCAUUUAUUAGUUUUCAAAGUGUUCUUUCAUUGAUAUCUGUAUCUUUGGAAAGAAUGCAUUUUUAUUUUGGUUUGUGUUCUUACAUUUCUUAUGUCUUUCCCUUUACUUUGAAAAGCAAACAAAAUAAAUAGAACCUAUAGCCAUAUUAGAUCAGGCAAUACCCAGAAGAGAUCAGAUUCUUGUUUGUACUUUACAAAAAGGAAAAUGUAUGCAUAAUAAUAUAUUUCGUGUUAUUUUUGGUAAAUUUCCUCUUACAGAAGAUAUUUUUAAGUAAAAUAUGUAUGGAUCUUUUUAUGGUAAUUAAGAUAUGUUGGGCUUUCUUAAAAAUCAAAUUCCAGUGGAAUGUUAAUUAUGAAUGUAAAUGAGAAAAACCCAGGCCUAGUCAUGAAAGUGUAAGCAGUUUCAGAUUAUAAAUUAUGCUUGAAAAUGUGGUAUCUGACCAUUUUGUAUUUAUAUGUAAAUAUAAAUACAUGUUGCUGCAUCACUAAUGGCAUUAAAAAGGGGGUGAUUUAAGUGUUGGGUGUCUGAAAAUUCUGCCUCUGUGGACCGGCGUUCACUAGGGCCGCAGCGGUGACUCCAUCUGCAGAACGGCGGCCCUGCCGGCACGCAGGGAGGACGCGAGCGGGCUCGGUGGCUGGGCAGGAGCCACACAGGAGAAGGACAUGCAAACCCUCAUCAGCAUUCCUGGCAUCGGGAGUGAAAUACCAGGAACGUGCCUUAGAGGAGCACUUAGAGGGAGCAGAGGCCGCAGGUUGGCUUCCCUGCUGCAGGAGCACAAAACAGCAGAGUGUCCUGUUGGUGCACAGUUUCCCUUCCAAGCAGGCUUUUGUGAUAUUGUUAAGCUCCUCCAACAUCUAGCCUCCCUUCCCUACAGAAGCACAGACACAUUUUAAUUCUUACCUGUCUAGACAUAAGUCAGAGUUCCCCCAUUGAACAGUCACUGUAGGAACGCAAUUCUGAAAUAGUGCACGCUGAUUUUUCAAGCCAGGAAAAUGAUACUUCACCAGUGGGAAGGCAUGAAUGUAACACGGAGGGGAGGCAGAAAAGAGAAGAAGGAUUUUUCAUAACUUUGAAACUGCCAGGGCUUGAACAGGGUAUGUUCAAGUUCUCUCUACCACCACCCCUAAGCAAAGAAAAGGUAUGAAAUGUCUGAUGGUUUAGUUGUUGUUGUUUUUUUCUUUUUUCUCCCAAAGAAGUUAAUUUUGUUAGUGAAAGCUAUAAUUACUUUAACAAAUUUAUGAACUCACUCAAUGAGCUACCAAAUAAAAGUUGUCUUUUUGAUCAUUUGCUUCUGUAAUCAAUGUCAUAGUCAGUUUGGUAGGAGGGGGAAGUAUCACAUCUUAAAUUUACAGCACUAGAUUAAGAGCCCUGGUCAGCCGUUCUUAGUAGGCAAGCAAUAAAUAUAUUUACCUUUGCCAUUUUCAGUUCUUUAAUGACUAUAAGUCUCCUCAGCCACAGCCUCUUUAUUCUCAUUCCCAUUCCUACACAAUCCCGUGCCCCUUUUCUUGGCUGCCCUACUCUUCCCCUGCCUCCUUGCCUCAUUUUUCAGUACCUGUUUUGGCUCUGUCAAAAGCUGAUCUGAAUUUUGUAGUAGUCCUGCCAAUUUUCUGGCCUUCGGUGCUUUUUUCUCUGCUGUCAGCAUAACAAACACAUGGAUAGCGGUCCUGGCACAGACCAACAGAAAAUAAGAAGCCCUGAGCAGUGACUUGGGACAGGCCUUAGAAAAAGGCAGCGAAAGGACCCCCACUGCUCCACUGUGGCUUCUCCUGUGCGACUGAAACGCAAAGCCUACAGACCCAGGUCAGCAGAAUUCUUGUUAAACUUUACCAGAUAAUCAUUUCCAAGGGAAAAGAAAAGAAGCUCUGGAGUGUAAUUUUUUUUUUCUUAGUUAGAAACGGGAUACUGCAUCAUGCUGAUUAAUAGUUUCCUAAAUUAUGAAUGCUGCUGGGAAAAACUGAGCAAACAGCGUGUGCGUUCAGUUUGAAAGCUCCAACGCAGUGCUCGGAGAUGUCUGAUUUUUUGCUUGUAUCUGAAUUAUUUGCCGUUGACCUUUCUUUUUAGUUCAAACUGCCAGAUGCUUAAGAUUUCCCCUUAGAUUCUUCAGACACACUUGUUCUGGGGAACUGAAUAUUUCGUUGUGUGUACAGCAAGUGAAAAAUGAGCUGCUUGCGCCCUUGCACGGUGCGGUGAGGUUAGUCUUUUGGGGAGUGGGAGGAGACAUCUGUAAAAUGUUAUUGUUUUCCAGGGAUGAGUAAUUGUUCAUUUUUACACUUGGAAAAAAUGCUUGUUGAUUCAAAGGAGAUGCACUAUGUAAAUAAACAGGCUGACAAAUUCA